UAGCGCAUUUUAAACUCAGGUUGUGUCGGACAAAUCAGAUUAUUGGGUCGGUAAACAGGAUUCUGACGUAAACGGCUUAAACCCCGCCAGAGGAGCAUCGCUGUGCUGCUCGGUGAGCAGCAGUCGGUGAGAGAAGAGCAGUCUGUGCACCCUCUAGGCAACACACUCCUCCUCCUCUCCUCUCCUCCUGUCCAAGGACCUGAGCAUGACUCCUCUGAUAUUUCACUGAUACUUAACGGACGACCCGCCGGUAGCAUGGCUUCAUAUCUGGAGAUCGCCGAUGAUGAGAAAGGCCACGAGCUGGACCUUUUCUGUGUCCCCAGGCAUUAUGAGAACGAUCUGGAAAAGGUGAUCAUCCCCCAUGGACUUAUCAUGGACAGGACAGAACGUUUGGCCCGCGACAUCAUCCGGGAUAUGGGGGGACACCACAUCGUAGCUCUGUGCGUGCUGAAAGGGGGCUACAAGUUCUUUGCAGACCUCCUGGACUACAUCAAGGCGCUAAACCAGAACAGUGAUAAAUCAGUCCCGCUGACAGUGGAUUUCAUUAGAGUGAAGAGCUACUGUAAUGACAAGUCAACAGACAAUGUCAAAGUCAUCGGAGGGGAUGAGCUGUCCAAUCUCUCAGGCAAGAAUGUUUUGAUUGUUGAGGAUAUUGUGGAGACAGGAAGGACGAUGCAGACGCUACUUUCCCUGCUGAGUGAAUGUAAUCCCAAGAUGGUUAAAGUUGUAAGUCUUUUGGUGAAGAGGACCCCAAGGAGUUCAGGGUACAGACCAGACUACAUUGGGUUUGAGGUGCCGGAUUCCUUUCUGGUGGGCUACGCUUUGGACUACAAUGAGUACUUCAGAGAUCUCAGCCACAUCUGCAUACUGAACGAUCAAGCCAAGGAGAAGUACAAAGUGUGAACUGCAGCGCUGCAGAGAUGAUGACUGAAAUCAAUGACGACUAGGACCACUGUGAUGACCUUCCCUAGCUUUGCUGUGUUUUGAAUCUUUAUUUUUCUACACAAGAAUCCACAACAUGUGACUUGUGGGUUGUAAAUAACCUCGAGGAAUAUUUCUUUUCACCCAUAUUAAAUAAAUGGGAUUAUUAUUAUGUAUAUUAUUGAUAUUUUGGUUGUUCAAUUUAAUUUAUUUAUUCACUUAUGUGUAUAGGCUUUAAAUGUUAACUGCAGUUUUAUCUUGGAGAUAGAAAGUGAAUGACAUUUAUUUGCCCAUUAAAUCACGUCUCAGGCUACUGCUUUAUGUUCAGUGAGCUGUCAGUCAAAUAUAAGUAGCCCUCAAUUUCUACAGUAUAUGUUUAUGUUUUGACUUAUGAAAUGUUGAAAUAACCUCUCAUUAUGCUAUAAAAUGACUGACUUGGAAUGUACUGUAUGAUUUAUUUCAUGUGACGUUUUCAUCAAGGACCUGUUUACAGCAAUACAA